ACUACAAGAAAAGAAAACAGUCUGGCUAGAAUGGAGCAAUGGGCUGGCUCUGGUCCAAGUAGGCUGUCUACGCGUGAACUUACGCAAUAACUAAGUUUGACUAUUUCAGAUUUCAAAGCACUUGUCAUUCGCAAGAAUCGUCACCCAGGAAAUUUAGCAAAAUAUGGCUGACCUGAUGAACAAUGAUGUGUUCCUGGCCUUCUCCACAUAUGCCACUAUUGUAGUCCUCAAAAUGAUGUUCAUGUCCCCUCUGACUGGAUACUUCAGGAUAACCAGAAAGGCUUUUUCAAACUGGGAAGACACUGCAAUGGGCAAAAAAAAUCCAGAGGACAGAAAGAAGAUGCUCCAGACCAAUCCUGAUGUAGAACGUGUCCGAAGGUGCCAUCAAAAUGACCUGGAGAACAUCAUUCCCUUUGUGGUGAUUGGUCUUCUGUAUGCAUUCACGGGGCCGGAUCUAUCCACAGCUCUGCUGCACUUCCGAGUCUUUGUGGGGUCACGUUUCAUCCACACUGUAUCUUACGUUUUGGCUUUGCCCCAGCCUAGCAGAGGUCUGUCCUGGGUGGUGGGAAUGAUCACAACUUUCUCAAUGGCCUACAGGGUGCUCACCACAGCACUGCUUCUCUAAAGACACUAGCACUGCAGAAUGGGAGAGGCCUGUUUUAUAUCAUUUAUUGUCCCUGGUGUUAUCUUUUCUUAUGUAAUUCAUAAUAAAAUCUGUCAACAUGUCACCAGCAUA